AUGUUAACUCAAAAGUUAAACUAAGAACAAAAAAUUGAAGUUAAAAAAGUAUCACCAAAGCUAACUAGCUUUUUUGGUAAAAAACAUAAAUCUGUUUAUGAAGUUUGUUGCUGUCUCUAUUAAUCAAUCGAUUCAUAUUUUAAUGACUUGAAAUCAAAUAAAAAGCAUCAAAAAAUGAAUAAGUAUAUUUAAAGGUGCUCAGAGAUCUUUUAACAUGGAGACUAAGAUAAAAUAAAAGAACUUAUUUCUUAUGAGUAUUUCAACAAAUCACUUGUACUUCUUAUGAAACAUCCAGAUGUUUUCUAGUUAGAAGAUAAAAAGACAAUAAUUAAUUUGUUGUAGAACUCUUUAUUAGAUGAAUAGGGUCUACUUAGGUCAUCUAUAAAUACUACAGAAUAAUAUCUAAAAUCUAAUCAUAUUUAGAAUAUUGUCAAUGAUUUAUGUGAUAAAUUUGAAUAAAUGAGUUUUUAUGUUGGAAGCGUUAUAAGGAUUGUAUCAGAAUCCAAAGAAUUGCUAGGAUAGAUUUUAUCAAUAAAUCUAAUAAAUAAGAUAUUUAAACAUUUGAAUUCAAACUAAUUCAUAAUCUAAUGUGAGGCUAUUGAAGUAAUAAAUUAAUUGUUCUUGAACAAAAAAAAUACAAACACUAAAAUUGUUGCGUCUUAACUGCUUGAAGAAAAAUCUGUUGAAGUAGAGCAAACUUUCAGAAGAUCCUUAUAAGAUAAUGUAAACUACUCUGGCAUAAGGAUGAUUUUAAAAAUUUUAUAUAAGAUUUUGAAUGAUCCUAUUUAUCACGUGUUUGCCAGUCAUUUCUUAAGCAUAGAAAACUUAAAGAUUAUUCUUCUACUUGCUGCUAAUGAAGAUCAGGCUAUAAGAAAAGAAGCUUUUCUUAUCCUUGACCUAUUCAUCAAUUUGGUCUAAGAAAAAUAAGAUGAAAAGCUUAAAUAGAUAUUUAAAAAGAAUUAUUAGAAUAUCUUGGGCGUUAUUUAGACUUUUAAUGAUUCAAACAUAGAAGGAGAAAAAGAAGAAUAAGACAAAGUAGAUACAAAUUUCCUAAUACAUAGACUUCAUUCAGUGUCUUUCUGA